UCCUUACCGAAAAGCCAAGAGUUCUGGGUCCGGCCUACGCGGUUAUGCUUCUAGUGGUUCGAAAGUGAAGCUCCUCCAACUAUUGCGCGCCCUAUUAGUUUCAACUGUGGAACAGCAAAAGCCAGCCUCCUAUGUUACACAACACGGAACCAGUGAAAGUGAAAUGCGUAACAGAGAAAAUGGUAACAGGUCUUGUGUGGUGAAGGUUUUGUUGUGUGUUGCUUGAUAGUGUCUGAAUUGUGCGACAGUUUAUUUGGCAACUUCCCCAACACGUACUAUGCCGUACGUGAAGCUGGCAGAUUAAUUGUGCGAGAAUGUUCAAACACUUCCCACGUACCUCUGGCAUUAACUAUUGACCCAUCCAAGCAGGCGCUUAAUGUGCCGAAUGGGGUUUUCUUAAUAAAGUAAACGAGCUAGAAUCAAGCACCAUAUCCACAUAAGAAGACGUCUGCUUAGUGCUUGCUUAAAGCGAUAAGCAUCCUCGUGUGAAAAUGAUAUUCCUUCAGCAUACGGAUACUUGCAACAGCACUUAAACCAACAGGCCUGUGUGUCACACAGAGAAAAAGCAAGUGAAGAUUUUUGAUUGAUUAAAGAUAUUUUUAUCAAUCAUUUUUUAUGCGGCAGCAAACGUACCAAAUAGAGUGAUCGUAAAAUAUAAGUAUUCGUUCAACUCGCCUCUAAAUCCGGUUCAUGAGAUCCGUGGAAUAGCAGUUUCCCAAUAAUUCCGUCACCGGCCAGUAGUAGUACUGCGAAACCAUUGACCGGCAUUGAAAGAACUAAGCUACAGCUGAAAAUAACGCACGGUGACAAAAAUGGCAGUGGCUCGAUUUUCUUCCGUCGUACGGCAGAAAAAUAUACUCAAAAUCGCUGUUGUGGCGUGCUUGUUCCUGUUCGUUGUUGGGUUUUUCGUGUACAACAAAGACAAAAAACACGAAAGCGAAGAAACGAAUGUCCUUACACGGUUAGAUCUGCCAUGGAGAAGCAAGAAAGGGUUCCCACGCAAAGAAGAUUACGAGAAAGAAUAUCCGUUGUUGCUGGAAAAUGACCAAUUGGUAGUUUGUUACGAAAGUCACAUCGACCACCGGAAGUCAUUGUACACUACAUACAGUUUGUCCGAGACAGCGGAAGAACCCAGCACUACACAACGGAACCAUCGUCAACACCAGCAACUAUUGCAACCUUCGCAACUGUUCAAUGGUACCGAACCGGUGAUAUACUUUGUUACGCCGACCUACCCGAGGCGGGAGCAGAUACCGGAAAUAAUUCGGCUCGGGCAAACGCUGAUGCACGUGGGUCGGCUGCACUGGAUCGUGGCCGACGACACGAGCAGUUGCAGCGCUACGUUAAACAGUCACAUUAAAAAGUUUGGCAUACCGUACACUCUGCUCGCUAGCCCCAUGCCAGAGAUGUACCGUCUUCGGAAGAAUGCACCCCGCGGUGUUGCCAAUCGACGUGCGGCACUGAACUGGAUACGGCAAAAUCAGAAGAAAACGGGCGUUCUUUACUUUGGCGAUGACGACAACACGUUCGACCUGAAGCUGUUUAGUGAGAUUCGUUACACGAAGAAAGUUUCCAUGUUUCCGGUGGGACUGAUUGGGGACUAUGCCAUCAGUACGCCCAUCGUGCGAAACGGUCGCGUGGAGGGUUUCUUCGAUUCGUGGCCAGCCAAACGUAAGUGGCCAGUGGAUAUGGCCGGGUUUGCGGUCAAUCUCGAGUACCUGGCACUCAGCCCUAACGCAACGAUGCCGUACAAGGCCGGCUACGAGGAGGACGAAUUCCUGAAGAGCAUCGGGCUGAAGCUGGAAGACAUUGAGCCGAAGGCGCGCAACUGCACGGAUAUUCUCGUGUGGCACACGCAAACGAAAAGCAGCAAAUCGCCAACCGUACGAAUCUCAAUGGAUCGGCAAAAGUUAGAUAAGCUGAAUCUGGGCGCACUGUUGAGCCAGCUGGAAAGCAUGGGAGUGAAUCAUAUCAGCGAAUCAGAAGGAACCACAGCUCAGGCCAUUGUGAAUGGCAGCGUCAAACCUUUGUCUUUUUGGUUUAGCUAAUAAGUGAAAUCCACUCGCCGGCUAGUGGGACUAAGUCACAAUCUUCUAAAACGCUUUCAAUUGAACUCUUCAGUGAGCUGCACGGAAAUUCGCCUGCGACAUCUCCACUAUUUCAUUAGUCGUAAAAUUGUUAAUUUUAAAAUGCUAUGCAAUCGACUCUUGCGCAUACACGGCACUAGCAGAAAAUCAUAAAGAAUGUGCGUUGCUAUCAAGUACCGAUUCCCCAGGGAGAAAUGAAAAACUUGCGACGUGACAAUUGGACACAAGAACGAUUUUAAUUGUACUUUGCCUUUAAAUUGUGGAAAAGUUACUACGUAUUUGGUACUCCUUUAGUCGGUUUGUUGCUUUUAAAGCCUAUGAUUAAUGCAUGCCAAAAAUCAUUGCGAACAACAACAGUCGCUAAACUCACGGACGAACGCGCACAACAAGCAAAACGAUCACAUCGUAGCAGAGCAACAAAGAGCGCAAAUUCGAUCGCAAAGCGAAAGAACAAAUCAUAAACGAACAAUAACACACUUUGAAUUGUAAACAUGUAGCUAGUUGAAUGAGGGGAUAACUAUAAAGCUGUGACUUUACUGGAACAGCCAAAACGAAAUAUGGUUGUUUUAAUUUUACUUUAACCGUGCGUCCGUUUAGUUCACAUUUUUUGUGUGUUUUGUUCAUUUAGACAUUUCAUGUCCCUUGCAUUACAAGGGUUUACUACUGUAAAGACACAUGCUUGUUUGUUUAAUUAUUGGUAAAGAAUGAAAACUUUAGCGUUGUAUUCCAUUCGUCCGCGCACAAUAAUGGUUGUAAAAGGUUACUGCAAAUGCCGUAUACACUGCGUGUAACGGUGUUUUGCAUUUUAAAUAAUGUACUAGAAGUGUGAAAUGUAACGAAACAAAGACCUAUGGCUGGUGUGAAAAUUACAGUUUGAUAUUUUGUUGUAUGUAGCAUACAACCCAGGUGUUUAGUUAGGUUGUGUAGGUAGUACUGUUGAAGAACAGUUUUUUUUCGAAAUCCUCUUGUGUGUGUUUUGCCAUGCUUCAUUAGAAUCCUUCUCCAUGAACUUGAUUGGUUCCAAACAUGGGGGUGUCAAAAUCGUAACUGGGCACUACCCCCAUCCCUGUGUACGGAUACAUUCCAUAUGUUGGGAGUUCAUUUGAAGCACACAAAUCGUUGUAAUUUAGCAUACACUCAGUAAUACUAGUCCAUCGGUAGCACAAUAGAAAAGAACCAAACUAUCAUGGUAAAUAGCGAUAGCUAUAGAUUGCCCAGGUUAGCUUAGAUUCCUUGUGAUAUUAGUUAAGCUUCAAUGAGUUCCAAUGAGCGUUAGCGGUUGAUUUUAGACUCCAGACAAAUGCAUCGGUAAAAAAGACACAAUAUUUAGUAAUGUAAUAAUGAAAUGGUCGUAAAUGGUGAAAAAAAAACAACUAACAAACGAAACUUGGAAUCUGUAUGCGUAAUGUGUGCCACUGACCGGAUUGAAAUUGAAACAGGCUUCCCCCAGGAAGGGAUAAUUAAAGGAGUAAUUUCUUCCAAUGUUUGUAAAAACUGUAGAAGUUUGUCCAUGUUUCCGCUGUUAAAUUUUAAUUUAGAAAGCUAUUCAAUAUUGCCCUCCCCCUGCGUUACAUUAAAACCCCGUGCCAGGCGAUCAAAUGAUUUUAGCGGACGAUUUAACUUACUGAUUCGUCCAACUGACCUAAGUUUCGGCUUAUAUUUGUAUGAAACUACAAGUUAUAUAACAGUGGAAGCAGCAGUUUUGUAACGGAAAGUCUAAGGAAAUAAUGUACAUAAAUGAUAUUGUUCGUUUGAUAUCAAUUUCGAUAGCUUCGACCCAUGUUUACUAUCUUUGCUCCUCAUGGUUAAAACUGGCGCCAGUGUAGGUGCAUUUGAAUACCAGUUCUAUAAAAUGUUCAUCUAUUUAUACUAGUGCACAAAACAAAAAGAUCUGUAAUAAUUAAACAAAACGUAUCGAUUGUAAAGUGUUUGAGCAUAAAACUGUAAAGGCAUGUAGUUAGAUGGGAAAUGAACAACUUUUUUUAUAAUUUUGAUAUUUGAUAUCAUGUGAUGGUAAAAAUUGGAUAAAAAUAAAAGAUUGAUACAAGUAAAGGAAAACAUA